GCAGAGCUGAGCAAUCAAUGCAAUUUCCCGUUUCCUAUUUGCAAUUCUCUGCUGCUUCCUUUCUUCCCACUAAAAGACGCCUUUCACCACUUGAAAAAAUAUCUCAUAGAGAAGAACAACAUUAUCGGUCAUUUUCUUUGAAGGUUUGAAGCUCAUUGAACCGGACUUAAAUUGACACGAAGGGUGCAACUGAAGUUCUAGAGAAACUAUGGUGAAUUUGAAUUUGGGUUUGCUUACCCAGACCAAGAAUCUGAAGUCUGUCACAGUGAGCUUCAGAAUACCUUACUAUACUCAGUGGGGACAGCAUCUUUUGGUGUGUGGUUCUGAGCCAAUUCUAGGUGCAUGGAAUGUGAAGAAAGGUCUGUUAUUGAGUCCAUAUAACCAAGACGGGGAACUCAUAUGGUCUGGGCGUAUACCUGUUCCUGCUGACUUCAGAUGUGAGUACAACUAUUAUGUGGUGGAUGAUGAGAGAAAUGUCUUGAGAUGGGAGGUUGGGAACAAAAGGAAGCUUUUGCUACCUGAAGGUGUUCAAAGUGGACAUUUGGUUGAGCUUCAUGAUCUAUGGCAGACCGGGUCUGAUGCUCUACCUUUCAGCAGUGCAUUUAAGAAUGUUAUUUUUCGACGAAGCUGGAGUUUGGACAUUGAGAGACCUCUUGGAGUAAAUCAGAGAGAGUUGCAUGAGGAAGCUUUCUCAGCAGAUUCAGUUAUUGUGCAGUUCAGAAUCUGCUGUCCCAACAUAGAAGAAGGAACAUCGAUUUAUGUACUUGGUAGUCCUUUGAAGCUGGGACAGUGGAAGGCUCAGGGAGGACUUAAGCUUAAUUAUGCUGGAGAAUCAGUUUGGCAAGCGGAUUGUGUAAUGCAAAAGGAUGACUUCCCUCUAAAAUAUAGAUACGUUAAACAUGGCAAGACAGGGAAAUUAUCUGUAGAAAUUGGAUCAAAUCGAGAGAUUACUGUUGAUUUCUCACGUGGUCAACCAAAGUACAUUGUUUGUUCGGAUGGCUUGAUGCGAGAAAUGCCUUGGCGUGGAGCUGGUGUUGCAAUUCCUAUGUUCUCUGUCCGAUCUGAGGAAGAUUUAGGAGUGGGCGAGUUCCUGGAUCUCAAGUUACUAGUAGAUUGGGCAGUUGAGUCUGGGUUCCAUUUGGUGCAGCUUUUGCCAAUUAAUGAUACAUCAGUGCAUGGAAUGUGGUGGGAUUCAUAUCCAUACAGCUCUCUCUCAGUAUUUGCGCUGCAUCCGUUGUACUUAAGGGUGCAGGCACUUUCAGAUAAAAUUCCAGAGGAAAUCAAGCAAGAGAUAGAGAAGGCAAGAUCGCAGCUGGAUCUAAAGGAUGUAGAUUAUGAAGCUACCAUGGCUGCAAAGCUAUCUAUUGCUAAGAAAGUUUUUGCUCUGGAGAAGGAUAUGAUUCUUAAUUCAAGUUCUUUCCAGAAUUUUUUUGCUGAAAAUAAGGAUUGGUUAAAACCCUACGCAGCUUUCUGUUUUCUGCGUGACUUCUUUGAGACAUCAGAGCGCAGCCAAUGGGGAUGCUAUGCUCAGUUUUCGGAGGCCAAGCUUGAGAAGCUUGUUUCCAAAGACAGCUUGCACUAUGAAAUAAUCUGCUUCCACUACUAUAUCCAAUUCCAUUUACACAUACAAUUGUCAGAAGCUGCAGAAUAUGCCAGAACGAAAGGAGUCAUUCUUAAAGGUGACCUCCCAAUUGGUGUUGACAGGAAUAGUGUGGAUACAUGGGUGUAUCCAAAUUUGUUUCGCAUGAACACCUCUACUGGGGCUCCUCCAGAUUAUUUUGAUAAAAAUGGGCAAAAUUGGGGAUUUCCGACUUAUAACUGGGAAGAAAUGUCUAAAGACAACUAUGCUUGGUGGCGUGCUCGUCUGUUGCAGAUGGCAAAAUACUUCACAGCUUACAGGAUUGAUCAUAUUUUGGGUUUCUUUAGAAUAUGGGAACUGCCAGAUCAUGCUAUGACUGGUCUCUGUGGAAAAUUCCGACCAUCUAUUCCUUUAAGCCAGGAAGAGCUUGAAAAGGAAGGAAUAUGGGACUUUGAUCGCUUGACCCGUCCUUGUAUUAGGCGAGAGUUAUUAGAGAACAAAUUUGGAGCUUCUUGGGCCUUUGUAGCUUCUAUCUUUAUGAAGGAAUCUCAGAAAGAUGUUUAUGAGUUCAAAGAAGACUGCAAUACAGAGAAAAAGAUUGCAUCAAAGUUGAAGUCAUGCUUGGAGAAGUCCAUGAUGUUAGAGAGUGAAGAGAAACUUCGACUCCAGCUAUUUGAUCUUCUGAGGGAUAUAGUGCUCAUUAGAGAUCCAGAAGAUCCAAGAAAAUUCUAUCCUCGUUUCAGUAUGGAGGAUACAUCAAACUUCCGUGAAUUAGAUGAGCAUAGCAAAAAUACUCUUAGAAGGCUGUAUAAUGAUUACUACUUCCAUCGGCAAGAAAGUCUUUGGCGUCAAAACGCGAUGAAGACUCUGCCUGUACUGUUGAACUCAUCAGAUAUGCUGGCUUGUGGGGAGGAUCUUGGUCUAAUUCCUUCUUGUGUCCAUCCUGUCAUGCAAGAGCUAGGUUUAAUAGGAUUGCGCAUUCAACGCAUGCCUAGUGAACCGGGUCUUGAAUUUGGUAUUCCGUCACAAUAUCCCUAUAUGACGGUGUGUGCUCCAUCAUGCCAUGAUUGUUCCACCCUGCGUGCUUGGUGGGAAGAAGAUGAAGGAAGAAGACUACGUUUUUUCCAAACUUUUUUGGGAUCCAAUAAUUCACCACCUGAUCAAUGCAUUCCUGAAAUUGCAUACUUUAUUAUACAGCAGCAUGUUGAAGCUCCUUCAAUGUGGUCAAUUUUUCCUGUCCAGGAUUUGUUAGCCCUGAAAGAAGAAUACACAACUCGCCUUGCUGUAGAGGAGACAAUCAAUGAUCCAACAAACCCAAAGCACUAUUGGCGCUAUCGUGUACAUGUAACAUUGGAGUCCUUGCUGAAGGAUAAAGAUCUUAUAACAGUUAUAAAAGAUCUUGUGCGUGGCAGUGGUAGAUCCUACCCUUUACAGGAGCCUGAAGUGUCUGAAGGGAAAGGUACAGUUCCAGAAAAGCAGCAGGCUGCCAAUGGGCUGGAAAAGGUUCCCCAGAUAACCCAGACAAAUGGGAUUUCAAAGAAGGAAACUGUAGCAGUCUUGUGAACGUUUUCCUGCCUAUAUUACAUUCUUGAACUGCAGGACCAACAUCGUCUCUGCACAGUUGGUAAGAGCCUAUGUUACUGCAUCUGUCAUGUUCGCUGCUUUUCAUCAAAUAAUAAUUAUAGUAUAUAAAUAAGUUGUUUACAUUGAAAGAAUAAAACAGAAUAGAUGAAUUAUAUUACUCUGCAGAAACUUCUACUAUGCAGCAAUCCUGUAGAAGCUAAGUACGGUUUUAGCAUAUGCAUAUGCUUUCGUUGCCUUCUGUUGAAAAACUUAAAUGUUACCUCGUGGAAGAUAAGCUUGUGCAUUUCUAGGCCUGAGCUUCUGGAUGAACAAAGACAGUAUGAAACCAUUCAGAAAUAAGUAAACUUAAAAGACC